ACUCUGAGCAGAGACAGACUGAGAGGAAACAGAAGACAGAGACCAUGACUGAGUCUGUGCUCAGGUUUGGUUUGUUGAAGUGUCGUUCUUCAGUGUUUGUUGCUGUAUCUUCAGUUUGGUGAUGGAGCCUCAACGGCAGCUCUACAAAAGACUGGACAUCCCGGAUCAUGUGCAUUACAUCAUCGCCUUCCUCAUCCUCAUCAUCGGCACUUUAGGAGUCACGGGCAACGCUUUGGUCAUGUUCGCCUUCUACAGUAAUAAAAAGUUGCGGAGCCUGCCAAAUUAUUUCAUAGUGAACCUGGCGGUCAGUGAUUUCCUCAUGGCCAUCACACAAUCUCCAAUGUUCUUCAUCAACUGCCUGUUUAAGGAGUGGAUGUUUGGGGAACUGGGAUGUAAAAUAUAUGCAUUCUGUGGCGCGCUGUUUGGCAUCACCUCGAUGAUAAACCUGUUGGCCAUCUCUAUCGAUCGAUACGUGGUCAUCACCAAACCGCUGCAGACCAUCCAGUGGAACUCCAAGCGCAGAACCUCUCUGGCCAUCCUCUGCAUCUGGAUCUACUCACUGGCCUGGAGUCUGGCACCUCUGAUUGGCUGGAGUUCCUACAUCCCUGAAGGUCUGAUGACAUCCUGCACGUGGGACUACGCCUCUCCGUCUCCAGCCAACAAGAGUUACACCAUGAUGCUGUGCUGUUUUGUCUUCUUCAUCCCUCUGGCCAUCAUCCUCUACUGUUACCUGUUCAUGUUCCUCUCCGUACGAAAGGCCAGCAGAGAUCUAAAGCGGCUAAGCUCUCAGAAGUCCAGCUUUGUGAAGCAGCAGUCCAUGAGGAGUGAAUGGAAACUGGCCAAAAUAGCGGCUGUGGUCAUAGUGGUGUAUGUGCUCUCCUGGUCUCCCUACGCGUGCGUCACCCUCAUCGCCUGGGCAGGGCAUGCAAACAUCCUCACACCCUACUCUAAAACACUGCCGGCGGUCAUUGCCAAAUCAUCUGCUAUCUACAACCCUUUCAUAUAUGCCAUAGUUCACACCAAAUACAGAGCCACAUUAGCUGAGAAGGUCCCAGGUUUGUCCUGCCUGUCUCGCGUUCAGAAGGACUGUCUCAACUCCUCCACCAAUAGCGACGCCUCAUUCCAGGACAACAGUGUCAGCAGACAGUCAUCAGUCACCAAGAACAAACUCCACACAACCUUCACCAGCGGCUCCAGUGCUAUGAUUGCAGGUAAUGGGAGAAGUGGAGCUGGACCUGAUGGAGAACAGGCCUAACUUGUCUAAAGUGUCAUUUAGAGACUCUUCUAGACAGCGGAUCCUCAAAUGCUCCUCGCUGCUGAUA